UUGCGUAGUUGUGGGAAGUGGUUCCCGACGGAUCCUGGAGACCGGGGAGAGCGUGCAGGGCUGCUAAAUAGAGAGAGGGGGAGAGAGAGAGAGAGAAAGCAGAUAAAUGUAGUACACUCACUCACUGAGCUGAUAAUUGAACAGAGUCCUUUGAUUUUAUUUCUCUCUUGCUUUAAACAGUAUUAUUCAUUUUUUUUCUCCCCUGUUUCCAAAUAGAACAUGUGUGGAUGUGCAGAGUUAGUCAGUUGAUCAGUCUCUUGUCGAGAGCCGGAAAAUGAAGUUUGGAAAGUCUUUUACAUUUGCUGCCCUGACCUUGCUAUCGUUGCUAACAACUUGGGUGCAGAACUCCGAGUCAGCGGCUUGUCAUGGGUGCGCGACGGGAUCCAGUUGUGACUGCAGUGGUGUGAAGGGUGAAAAGGGUGCGAGAGGCCUGCCUGGACUGGAAGGUCAGAUAGGCUUGCCUGGUUUCCCAGGUCCCGAGGGGCCCCCUGGACCGAGAGGGAUAAAGGGUGACACUGGACCACCUGGCUUUCCAGGCCCAAAAGGAAUACGAGGCCCCCCUGGGAUUCCAGGCUUCCCCGGAACCCCUGGUGUUCCUGGACUGCCAGGUCAGGAUGGCCCCAUUGGUCCUCCAGGUAUCCCAGGCUGCAACGGAACAAAGGGGGAGAGAGGCUAUCCAGGAGCUCCUGGCCUUCCGGGCUCACAGGGACGUCCGGGUCCUCCUGGGCUUCCAGGAAUCAAGGGUGACCUAGGUGAGGUGAUCUCACCACCAUUUUCACUUCAAAAGGGAGAUCCAGGACCACCUGGUCUGCCGGGAUUACCAGGACCCCAAGGUGUCAUCGGGUCUCAGGGCCUACCAGGUGCAGUAGGUCCAGCAGGUCAACCGGGUCUUCCUGGUCCUCCUGGCCUUCCCGGGCAAAAGGGGAACAUGGGUUUGAAUUUCCAAGGACCCAAAGGGGAGAAGGGUGACCCAGGGCUCCAGGGUCCUCCUGGCCCCCCAGGACAGUUAGAACAGCUGAAUUCUCCUGGGGUAGAUUUCCAGAAAGGAGACAAGGGUGACAUUGGACCACCUGGUGUACCCGGUGAGAGGGGCUUCCCUGGCCCUCCUGGUCCCCCUGGGUUUAGCAGCAAAGGCGAGAAGGGUGAGCCAGGAGAACCAGGAAAGAGGGGAAAACCUGGUAAAGAUGGAGAUCCAGGCAAUCCAGGGUUUGAUGGUCUCCCAGGAAGUCCAGGCUUGCCCGGAGCACCAGGCAGAGAUGGUCUGAAGGGUCAGAAAGGUGAAAUUGGUUUCCCCGGUCCGCCAGGCACCAUUUUUCCAAGACCAGGUAUUAGCGUUGGACAGAAAGGUGACCCAGGUUUCCCUGGCCCUCCUGGUCCACCCGGAGAUAGAGGCACGCCAGGAUUUACAGGAUUACCAGGUCCACCAGGUUCUCCAGGUCAGGCCAGCGUGGGACCACCAGGCACUCCAGGUUUCCCAGGUGAAAGAGGUCAGAAAGGUGAUGAGGGCCCACCUGGAUUUUCACUUCCGGGACCACCGGGACUAACUGGUCCUCCAGGCCCCCGUGGUCCUCCAGGACCUCCUGGCUAUUCAGGAAGCCUCCCAGUUCCAUUUGGAACACGCUGUCAGCCAGGAGAGCGAGGGUUACCGGGGCUGCCGGGACCACCAGGUUUUCCAGGAGAGACCGGACUGAAAGGUGAUAAGGGAGACACUUGCACUCACUGCAUAGAUACUGGCAAUGGUGUUCCUGGUCUGCCAGGACCUCCUGGACCUCCCGGUAUUCCAGGUGAACCAGGAAGGCCUGGACAAAAAGGACAGAAAGGACUGCCAGGUCCAAGUGGAAUUCUGGGACCAACUGGACCACCAGGCCUUCCGGGUCCUCCAGGACUCCCUGGCCCAAAAGGCGACAGAGGAGAUGGUUUUGGUCUUCCGGGUUCUAAAGGUGAUCAAGGCAGCCCUGGUUUCCCAGGGCCUCCGGGACUUCCAGGAUUAGAUGGCUCUCCAGGAAGAGAUGGAUCACCAGGUCCACCAGGUCCCAAAGGUGAACCUGGUGGUCUGGCCUUCAAAGGAGAGAGAGGACUACCAGGUGACCCAGGUCCAGCAGGAUUUCCAGGAGAAAGGGGCCUGCCAGGACCACCAGGAUUUGGCCCACCUGGGUAUCCAGGCCCAAAAGGUGUGCAGGGAGUUUCAGGACGUCCAGGAGCCCCCGGAGCUCCAGGUACUAAAGGUGAACCGGGCCAGACAGUCUCUGAACCUGGUCCGCCUGGUUCUCCAGGGCCUCCAGGUGAACCUGGGCCACUAGGCCUUACAGGUGACCCAGGUCGGCCCGGUCAACCUGGUUUACCAGGCCUCCGGGGACCAAAAGGUGACAUGGGUUUGCCGGGUAUUGGAUUUCCUGGUCCACCAGGUCCAAAAGGAUUGCCAGGAACUCCAGGCUUACCAGGUCCUCGGGGGAAUCCAGGAAGACCAGGCAGCGAUGGGACACCAGGUCAACCGGGCUUCCCAGGGCCAAAGGGUGACCCAGGCUUUGGAUUUCCCGGACCACCAGGUCCUCCUGGUCCACGAGGCAGUGAUGGGAGGCCAGGACCUAAAGGUGAUUCAGGAUUCCCUGGAUUACCAGGACAACCAGGUCAACCAGGAUUAGACGGCACAUUUGGAUCGAAAGGCGAUCCGGGUUUCAAUGGCCCUGCCGGUCCUCCUGGUCCACCAGGCCCACCUGGAAGGAGCAUUCCAGGCCGUCCUGGUCCACAAGGCCCACCCGGGCUGCCUGGACCACCAGGAUCCCCAGGCCCAUUUGGUGAUAAGGGAGACCCUGGUCCUCCAGGUCUGGAUAUUCCUGGCCCUCCUGGAGAUAAAGGAAAUCCAGGAUUACCAGGUGGCCUGGGUCUACCAGGUCCUCCAGGUCCUCCAGGUCGACCAGCAAUAGAUGGGCGCCCAGGUCCACCAGGUCCAAAGGGUGAUAUGGGUGUGAUGGGAACACCGGGUCCUCCAGGUUCUCCUGGUUCUCCAGGAGUCCCUGGCUUCCAAGGUCCAAAAGGUAAUGAAGGACUCCCGGGUAGUCCUGGAAGCCCAGGUGCCUCUGGAAGUAAAGGUAAUAAAGGUGAUCCUGGUUUGCCAGGUCCUCCAGGACCACUUGGUCAAGGAACAAAAGGAGACAAGGGAUUCCCAGGGUCACCUGGACUUCCAGGUCCAAAGGGUUUUUCAGGUAUACCUGGUAAUCCAGGAGCAUCAGGACAAGAUGGUUUACCAGGCUUACCAGGAGGUCCAGGCACCAAAGGAGACCCUGGGCUCCCAGGACAACCCGGAACCCCAGGAAGACCAGGACCAAAAGGACCAAUGGGAGAAAUGGGUUUUCCAGGUCCACCAGGCAUUAAAGGUUCUUCAGGGAACCCAGGGCGCCCAGGUCAGCCUGGUUCCCCUGGGCGGCCAGGUUUUACCGGUGAAAAGGGUGACUCGGGUGGACCAGUCCUUGGAGAUCCAGGCCCUCCUGGGCAAAAGGGUGAACCAGGCUCCCCUGGUUUACCAGGAGUCCCCGGAAACAAAGGAUCUCCAGGUUCCCCCGGAUUUCCUGGAUUACCUGGUGCACCUGGUAUUAAAGGUGAUCCUGGUCAGCCAGGAUUCCCAGGUACUCCUGGAAUUCCUGGUCCGAAAGGAGCUGAUGGUUUCCCAGGUCCUCCUGGCCUUGUUGGACCUCCUGGUCCUCCAGGUGAGGAGAGUCGCCCUGGGCCUCCAGGUCUGCCAGGAGAGAAAGGACAACCUGGCCGUGAUGGAAUUCCUGGCCCAGCUGGUCCAAAGGGAGAUCCAGGUCCUCCAGGCCCAGUACGCCCAGGUGCCCCUGGUCUUCCAGGAAUCCCAGGAGCAAAAGGAGAUCCCGGUAUUCCAGGUAUCCCAGGUGCUCCUGGAGCUCCAGGUCUUAAAGGCGACCCUGGUUUCCCAGGAUUUGCAGGUCAACAAGGGCCACCAGGUCCACCUGGACCACCAGGACGUUCAUUAGAAGGCCCAAAAGGUCUACCAGGAACCCCAGGCCAGCCAGGACGGCCAGGUGCACCAGGUCCAGUUGGUGCUCCAGGUCCUAUAGGAAUCGGGGGCCUCAAAGGGGCAAAGGGGGACCCUGGUCUUCCAGGGGCUCCAGGAUAUCCCGGACCAAAAGGAGAAACUGGUUUACCAGGAAUACAGGGUAACCUAGGACCACCAGGUUUCAAUGGACCAAAAGGAGACCCAGGUUUGCCAGGUCUUCCAGGAUUCCCAGGGAUGAAAGGAUCUCCUGGACCUUUUGGUUCUAAGGGACCUCCAGGUGAAACAGGACAACCUGGUGAUCCAGGUCCACCUGGACCACCUGGACCAGUUGUAUCAUUGCCGCCCGUAAAAGGAGAACAAGGUUUACCAGGAACACCAGGCUCACCUGGUCCGAAAGGAACACCAGGCUUACCUGGUCCUCCAGGACCUCCAGGCCCCUUGGGACCCCCUGGUGACCCAGGGCAAGAUGGUCUUCCUGGAUUUAAUGGACCAACUGGACCAAAAGGAAAUCCAGGCCCUUCAGGUGGCUCAGGUGACAGAGGUUACCCUGGGCCUCCUGGCCCUGAUGGCCCUCCUGGGCCACCAGGUCUUCCUGGUGGCUCGGUAGCUCAUGGAUUCUUGAUUACCCGACACAGUCAGUCAACUGAGGUGCCACGUUGUCCUCCUGGAACUACUGCCGUCUACGAUGGCUUCUCUCUGCUUUAUGUGCAAGGCAACGAGAGAGCACACGGACAAGAUUUAGGAACUGCUGGGAGCUGCCUGCGGCGCUUCAGCACAAUGCCAUUUAUGUUCUGUAACAUCAACAAUGUGUGUAACUUUGCCUCAAGGAAUGACUACUCCUACUGGCUCUCAACACCUCAGCCAAUGCCAAUGAGCAUGGCCCCAGUGAACGGGGAGAACAUUCGACCCUUCAUCAGCAGGUGCUCUGUGUGUGAGACCCCAGCAAUGGUGAUAGCUGUUCAUAGUCAGACAAUUCAGAUUCCAUUAUGUCCCAAUGAUUGGGUGUCACUGUGGAUUGGAUACUCCUUCAUGAUGCAUACGAGUGCUGGUGCUGAAGGAUCUGGCCAAGCUUUAGCAUCUCCUGGUUCCUGUCUGGAGGAAUUCCGAUCUGCACCAUUCAUUGAAUGCCAUGGCCGGGGAACUUGCAACUAUUAUGCCAAUUCGUACAGUUUCUGGCUAGCCACAGUUGAACCAUCGGAGAUGUUCAGUAAACCACAGUCUGAGACUCUGAAAGCAGGAGAGCUCCGAACACGUGUGAGCCGUUGUCAAGUGUGUAUGAAGAGGACGUAAUGCAUUGGCUCCCGGCAUUGAGACAUCAGCCAAGAUCGAGUGAGAAGAAGAAAAACAGCUCAAUAAAUAAAAACUGUAGGGCGCUUUGUCUUCCAUUUACAAUGGUGCUAUUGUGGAAAGCAAAAACAAACACAAAAACAAAAAAAAACUGUUCACACAUAAUAUUCGUUUGUACGUACCUCAUGUAAAGAGCAUUCAGUGCAUUUUGGAAAGGAGUGAGCGAGAAACUGAGCAUUGUGGAACAAGAAACAGUGGUGCCUCCAGUUCUUGUGUUUCAGGGUGAUCUCCAUAUGGCACUUUCUGUCAAUUUAAGAGUAAUGGACUGAAACAUAACAAGAUUGCUUACAUCUUUUUAUUUUUGUUCGUUUGUUUUUGAAGCAUUUUUCCAUGGUGCUACUAACCAACUACUGCAUCCCAGGUUCUUAAAUAUUAAUAAUUAAUAAUCAACAGGUUACUUCCUUGGUGUUUUUAUGUAAGUACUGAAAAUGUGUAUAUGAUGUAUCCAGGCUUUUUAUCACUUGAAGAAUCUCACCAUUACAUUUACCACCAAUAGUAUCAAUUUUGCUUCACAUAUCACUGGCUCAAUUAGCAUUUCUAACCUAUUUUUUCAUUAAAAGUAGCAGAAUUGUGAAAAAAAAAUUGCAGUAUUUUAUACUAUUGGAAUCACUUUAUGGGAUUUCCCACUUUACUACCAAACUACUGAUUUUUUUUUGGUUUUACAGGUAAUUUGAAAAUAUUCCCUUUUCCCAUCCCAGUUCCUCCCUCAAAAUUUAUACAUUUCCCUUUUCAAUUAUUAAAAGGAUUUUUUGACAUUGUAAAAAGUUGUAGUUAUUGUUUUGAUCAGGGGUUUUUAAUAUGCAAAAAAUAUAAACCAUGCUACAUAAUUACAGCUUUCCGAAGGGGCCUUUAAUGUUAAAUAUACCUAUCUUUUUGUAUUGUCUGAACGUAUGUAAAAUGAUUAGCCAUAAAAAGUACUUGUGAAGAGAGAUAAAACUGCUUAUAAACUAUUUUCUAUCAAUCCAGAUCCUCCAUCACCGUUCUAAUUUUCUUCUUUCCUCCACUGUUGUUAUCACAACCAACACAGAGGUUACCAAAGGUUCAUAUAUUUCACUUCAGCAAAGAGAUAUCUCUCUCCAAAAGUGGUUUUUCUUGUAUAUUAUCCAGGACAGGUGCAAACAACUUAUUAAAACAAAAAAAAAGCCAAAAAAAAAUUGAAAUAAAAGGAAACACUGACUUAAA